AUGGCCGAGAACGUUGCAAAGAAGCUCAAGACCUCGUCUCCUUUGAUCGGGACACACAGCGGCCACUUCCACGCCGAUGAGGCCCUAGCCGUUUACCUCCUCCGUUUGCUCCCCACAUAUGCAUCCUCCUCUCUCAUCCGCACGCGCGACCCAGCUGAACUGGAGAACUGCCACACCGUUGUCGAUGUCGGCGGCGUAUACGACCCUGCCACCCACCGGUAUGAUCACCACCAGCGGACCUUCUCAACAACCUUCCCUCAGCACGAAACAAAGCUCUCCUCCGCCGGCCUUGUAUACAUGCACUUCGGCAAGGCAAUCAUCGCCCAGAAGCUGUCUUUGCCCGUGGACCAUGCCGACGUAGACCUGCUCUACGAGAAGCUGUACACUGACUUCAUCGAGGCCAUUGACGCCAACGACAACGGCGUCUCCGCCUACGACGAUGCCGCGCUUACUGCUGCCGGUAUUGAGAAGCGCUUCAAGAAUGGCGGUGUCACCCUCGCCUCCAUUAUCAGCGACAUGAACAACCCAGACCCCACCAGCCCACCAGGCGAGCCCCAGGACGAGGAUAGCCUCUUCGGCCGCGCCAGCACGCUCAUCGGCAACGUAUUUGCCCGCAAGCUGCACCACGCCUGCACGUCGUGGAUGCCCGCCCGCACAACUGUUGGCUCCGCCUACGCCUCGCGCAAGGAAGUCCACCCCUCCGGCCGUAUCAUUGUCCUCCCCCAGGGUGGCGUGCCCUGGAAAGAGCACCUCUACAACUUCGAGGCUGAGGCUUCGGGAUCCAAGGAGAUUGACCCCGCCACCCAGGUGUACUAUGUCCUGUACCCCGAAAGCGCUACCGAGGGAGCCAAAUGGCGUGUGCAGUGCGUUUCCACCUCCGAGAGCAGCUUUGAGUCUCGCAAGCCUCUACCGGAGGCGUGGCGCGGUGUCCGUGACCAGGACCUUGAUGGUGUCAUGGCCGCAGAGGCUGAGAAGAAUGGUCAGAGCAAGAUCCCCGAAGGUGCCGUCUUUGUUCACGCUAGUGGAUUCAUUGGUGGCCACAAGACGAAAGAGGGUGCUAUGGCUAUGGCUGAACGUAGUCUGGAGCUGUAA